GCCUGGCUGACUUCUCCUCCCAGAACCACAGCAGCGGAGGGUCCAGUCAGAGAGAGUCACGGUCAGACUACACAGGGUCCAGUCAGAGAGAGUCACGGUCAGACUACACAGGGUCCAGUCAGAGAGAGUCACGGUCAGACUACACAGGGUCCGGUCAGAGAGAGUCACGGUCAGACUACACAGGGUCCGGUCAGAGAGGGUCACGGUCAGACUACACAGGGUCCGGUCAGAGAGAGUCACGGUCAGACUACACAGGGUCCGGUCGGAGAGAGUCACGGUCAGACUACACAGGGUCCGGUCAGAGAGAGUCACGGUCAGACUACACAGGGUCCGGUCAGAGAGAGUCACGGUCAGACUACGCAGGGUCCGGUCAGAGAGAGUCACGGUCAGACUACGCAGGGUCCAGUCAGAGAGAGUCACGGUCAGACUACGCAGGGUCCAGUCAGAGAGAGUCACGGUCAGACUACACAGGGUCCAGUCAGGGAGAGUCACGGUCAGACUACGCAGGGUCCAGUCAGGGAGAGUCACGGUCAGACUACACAGGGUCCAGUCAGAGAGAGUCACGGUCAGACUACACAGGGUCCAGUCAGAGAGAGUCACGGUCAGACUACACAGGGUCCAGUCAGGGAGAGUCACGGUCAGACUACACAGGGUCCAGUCAGGGAGAGUCACGGUCAGACUACACAGGGUCCAGUCAGAGAGAGUCACGGUCAGACUACACAGGGUCCAGUCAGAGAGUCAUGGUCAGACUACACAGGGUCCAGUCAGAGAGUCACGGUCAGACUACACAGGGUCCAGUCAGAGAGUCACGGUCAGACUACACAGGGUCCAGUCAGAGAGAGUCACGGUCAGACUACACAGGGUCCAGUCAGAGAGUCACGGUCAGACUACACAGGGUCCAGUCAGAGUCACGGUCAGACUACACAGGGUCCAGUCAGAGUCACGGUCAGACUACACAGGAUCCAGUCAGAGAGAGUCAUGGUCAGACUACACAGGGUCCAGUCAGAGAGAGUCAUGGUCAGACUACACAGGGUCCAGUCAGAGAGAGUCAUGGUCAGACUACACAGGGUCCAGUCAGAGAGAGUCAUGGUCAGACUACACAGGGUCCAGUCAGAGAGAGUCAUGGUCAGACUACACAGGAUCCAGUCAGAGAGAGUCACGGUCAGACUACACAGGGUCCAGUCAGAGAGUCACGGUCAGACUACACCGGGUCCAGUCAGAGAGUCAUGGUCAGACUACACAGGGUCCAGUCAGAGAGAGUCAUGGUCAGACUACACAGGGGAAGGGAGUCAAUGGACACACACAAACCCACUCAUGCAAACACAAAAGUUAGAAAUAUUAGCCUUAUAUUAACAUGAAAUAUGUACACACAGGGGCAGCUGGAGGUAGAUACACACAGGGGCAGCUGGAGGCAGAUACACACAGGGGCAGCUGGAGGCAGAUACACACAGGGGCAGCUGGAGGCAGAUACACACAGGGGCAGCUGGAGGCAGAUACACACAGGGGCAGCUGGAGGCAGAUACACACAGGGGCAGCUGGAGGCAGAUACACACAGGGGCAGCUGGAGGCAGAUACACACAGGGGCAGCUGGAGGUAGAUACACACAGGGGCAGCUGGAGGCAGAUACACACAGGGGCAGCUGGAGGCAGAUACACACAGGGGCAGCUGGAGGCAGAUACACACAGGGGCAGCUGGAGGCAGAUACACACAGGGGCAGCUGGAGGCAGAUACACACAGGGGCAGCUGGAGGCAGAUACACACAGGGGCAGCUGGAGGCAGAUACACACAGGGGCAGCUGGAGGCAGAUACACACAGGGGCAGCUGGAGGCAGAUACACACAGGGGCAGCUGGAGGCAGAUACACACAGGGGCAGCUGGAGGCAGAUACACACAGGGGCAGCUGGAGGCAGAUACACACAGGGGCAGCUGGAGGCAGAUACACACAGGGGCAGCUGGAGGCAGAUACACACAGGGGCAGCUGGAGGCAGAUACACACAGGGGCAGCUGGAGGCAGAUACACACAGGGGCAGCUGGAGGCAGGUACACACAGGGGCAGGCACACACUGACUUCUAUAAGCUCUAUCAAUCUCUCUCCUGUCUCUCAGGAUGGUGAGGAGCAGAAAGCAUCAGCAGCAGUCUGCCUCCAGCUCCCUGUCCCUGAACCAGUCCCUGUCCCUGAACCAGUCCCUGUCCCUGAACCAGACGCCACGCAAGACCCUGUCCUUCUCCACUACCAACACUCCCUCUACGGGCUGCACCACUGCCAGCGAUGCCUCCCUGCUAUCCUCCAUCCUGGACCAGUCCAGCCUCCGUCAGCGAUCCACCACCACUACUACCACAGACGGCUACUGGGGUUCAGAUCAGGAUACCAGUCUGAAAGGGAGGAGUUCAAGGACGGACCACAGCUCAACGGGUGCGAACGGCGGCGUCAACACUGUGUCGCACAGCCACGCCAUGGUCGCCAACGGUUACAUCUGUAAAGACUGUUCCAUACACUCUGAGAGGAAAGAAGCUCUCACCACAUACUCCUCCUCUUCCUCGUCUCAGGCUGCCUCUGCAGCAGCAGCUGCCGCCACCUUCUCCUCUUCCUCGUCUCAGGCUGCCUCUGCAGCUGCCGCCGCCCUUUCAUCCUCUUCCUCGUCUCAGGCUGCCUCUGCUGCAGCAGCUGCUGCCGCCAUCUCAUCAUCAUCAGCCUCAUCCUCCAGUUUAUACAGCACGGUCAAGAGUCAGAGGAGCAGGACAGGUCUCCUGUUGUCAGUCUCUAACACGUGUGUCCACUACAGCAGACGAGCCCUGACCCCCAUAGUGUCCCUGAUGACACUGCUCUUCCAGAAUUUUCUGUGGCUGGGCACAAGAGCCAGGAGCCACUCAGGCAAAGGUGUCCUGGCGUCCCUCUUAGACAGGGCCAGAUGGGCUGUCUCCUCCAGCGCGUCCCGUGUCUCUUGGCUCUUUAAGCAGACCACUCUCCACAGGAUGAUGGGCUACAGGGCCAACGGCUACGAAGGCAAAGCUCACUCCAGUUACUGUGGGAGCAUGAAUGUAAAAGACCACGUGAUGGGAGACGGACACCACCACUUUUUGAAUGGCUCGUUGUGUGACGACUGUAAAGGGAAGCAGCACCUGGAGACCAACACACUGGUCCACAGUCACACACAGACCUCCAGAACUCACCGUCUACUGGGGGGUCUGUGGACCCUUAUAGCUUACACAGGCUACUGUCUGCUCCAGCCAGGUUACUAUGUAAUGAGGGCAGGCCUGGCGCUGGGGUCAGCAGUGGGGUCAGCAGUACGCUCAGUGUCUCAGAGACUGCUGUCAGUGCUGUGUCUAGUCCUGGGAGCUCCAGGUAAAGCAGCCAGGCGGUUGUUGUGGUGUCUGGGGACAGGCUGGUACCAGCUGGUGUCUCUCAUGUCUCUGUUCAACGUCUUCUUCCUGACCCGGUGCCUGCCCAGAAUGUGGAAGCUCCUGCUCUUCCUCCUUCCCUUCCUGCUAUUCCUGUGGUUGUGGUUCUGGGGUCCGUCCAGUUUCCUAUCCUACCUUCCAGCCAUAAACCUGACAGAGUGGCGCUCCAGAGUGGUGUCCCCCUUCACCCUCUCAUCGUUUGUCCUGACCCCUACCCUUGUUCCCACCCCCGCCACACCACUGGAGCAGACCCCCACAGCAACCCCCAGCCCACAGGCACAGCCAGUCCUUCCCCCCAUAGUCACCGUGGACACAGAGGGCCUGGAGCGUCUGGAGCGGGUAGAGCAUGGUCUGACCCUGCUGUGGGAACGGGUGCAGCAGGGGGACCAGAGGCAGGAGCAGCAUCACGGGGACACCCUGGCCCAGUACACCCUCCUGAGGGAGCAGCUGGACAGCCAGACGGACAGAGACAGCCUGGGUCUCUGGGUCUCUGGCUUGCUGGAGCACAGGAUCACCCUGCUGAGAGGAGAGCUGGAGCAGCAGGAGGCCUCAUACAGGGCACAGACUGAAGAGCAGAGGGUUCAGCAGCAGCAGAGUCAGGAGACACGGCUUGCUGAGCUGGAGGGGCUGCUGCAGGUCCUCGCUACUAAAACAGAGGCGGUGCAACAGAAACAGAGGAAGGAGGAGACAGAGGAGACAGCCACACCAGCCCCUGCCUCUGUCCCUGUCAGUGUGGAUGUGGACACGGAGGCCCCUGCUGCUUUGCUGGCGGAGGUGCAGAGGCUGGAGGGGGAGCUGGGUCGGAUCAGGGGCGACCUGCAGGGGGUGAUGGGAUGUCAGGGGAAAUGUGAGCAGCUGAACACAAUCCAGGAAACGGUGUCCGCCCAGGUGUCCGCCCAGGUGAGGCGGGAGCUGCAGGCCCUGUUCUACGGCUCUGACGACCAGACCCACCAGGGAGAACCAGACAUCCCAGAGGGACUCCUCCAGUGGCUGUCGUCGCGCUACGUGAGCGGGGCCGACCUGCAGACCCUCCUGACCAACCUGGAGCUCAGCAUCCUGAGGAACGUGUCGCUGCAGUUGGAGCAGAGCAGGGCCGAGGCCCGGACGGAGGCUGAGGCCAGGGCUGCAGUCAUCACCACCCAGACCCAGACUAUUACACAGAGUGUCCAACACACCGCCGUGGGCGAGGGACUGUCUGAGGGGCAAGUGCAGCUGAUCGUCCAGAAUGCCCUGAAACUCUACUCCCAGGAUAGAACGGGCCUAGUGGACUACGCCCUGGAGUCUGGAGGCGGUAGCAUCCUAAGCACGCGCUGCUCGGAGACGUACGAGACAAAGACGGCCCUCAUGAGUCUGUUCAGCGUGCCCCUCUGGUACUUCUCCCAGUCGCCCCGCGUCGCCAUCCAGCCUGAUGUGUAUCCAGGGAACUGCUGGGCGUUUAAAGGUUCUCAUGGUUACCUGGUCAUCCGGUUGUCCCUGAGGAUCCUCCCCACAGCCUUCUGUCUGGAGCACAUCCCCAAGGCCCUGUCCCCUACCGGCAACAUCGCCAGCGCCCCGCGCAACUUCACUGUCUACGGUCUGGAUGAUGAGUAUCAGGAGGAGGGAAAGCUGUUGGGUCAAUACACCUACCAGGAGGACGGAGACUCAAUGCAGAACUUCCCUGUCAUGGAGAAGAACGAAAGGGCCUUCCAGAUCAUCGAGGUGCGGGUGCUGACCAACUGGGGUCACCCCGAGUACACCUGCCUCUACCGCUUCAGAGUCCACGGAGAACCACGCAUCCAGUGAGGGAGGAUGGCGCCCAUUUGAACUGCAUUUCUCUGCUAUCUGUAUAUAAUACUGGACAUAUUUUUUUAAUGGAGGGGGCCGGGAAAACCGAGACUGAUAUAAACGAGUGACUUCAGAAGUAUGGGGUUGGGUGUUUGAUUUAUGCUAGAAUGUGUCCAAGGGGGGUUUUGUUUUAGUACUGAAAUGGUAAAAGAAUGAAAGAAUGGACUGUAAUGAAAUGUCAGGGAAUGUGAAAGAGAAGAGAAGAGUGAAGGUUGACAUGUCCAUGUCCAGGAGAAGCUCGGUCCCAGUCCCUCCUCCUUAAACCUGCUCUUGCACUGAAUUAGCCCUCCAGGUCAUAACCCUUUGGUUUUUGGAGGAGCGUGUUCCUCUGCCGCUCUCACUCAACCACAGGAGCCUGUGACCUCGAGAUGAAACGGACUACACACAUCUUUUUAUUUCCUUACACAUCCUGUCUGAUUUGGUUGGUGUUUUAAUCAGGUUUUAUUUUGAAUUGGAUGUUUCUUUGAAAACCCCUUGUGGAUUCUGAUGGAAUUUCAGGAUCAAAGCCACAGAACUGGAUCAAAGCCACAUAACUGGGCCUAAAUGACGUUUUCUAUAGGCCUCACACACACUGGGCCUAAAUGACGUUUUCUAUAGGCCUCACACACACUGGGCCUAAAUGACGUUUUCUAUAGGCCUCACACACACUGGGCCUAAAUGACGUUUUCUAUAGGCCUCACACACACUGGGCCUAAAUGACGUUUUCUAUAGGCCUCACACACACUGGGCCUAAAUGACGUUUUCUAUAGGCCUCACACACACUGGGCCUAAAUGACGUUUUCUAUAGGCCUCACACACACUGGGCCUAAAUGACGUUUUCUAUAGGCCUCACACACACUGGGCCUACAUGACACUGUGUAGGCCUCUCUUCUCUUGAUACAAAGCUACUUCUCUCUGCUGCUGUUGGUUGGUCAGUCUGCAGGGCCAGCUAACAUGGUCAGUGGACACUCGCAGGACACAGACAGGACUACUACCGUUCUUUGGACUCUACAACACUCCUGUUCGCCAUGACUUUAUGCAUCCACACAGCCAUCAAAACUAAGCUCUAUCUCUCUCCUAUAGAAAAGGUUACACACAUGGACAGACUUUUAAUGAGUUGAUACAUGUGUGUCUCAAGUUAAGAUUUGGUCUUGAAGCUCUGUGGAGUCCAGACUGGAGUGUUAAUGAGAGUGAGACUGACAGCCAAUGGUUUGGCUUCGUCUAGUGCAGCGAGCCAAUGGUUUGGCUGCUCCUUGCACAGUCAUUAUAACAUCCUCUACUAGAGCUUCUACUCCGGAAAAGGGGAUCCUUGGGAUGUCCUAACUCUGACAUCACCCCGUUGAAGUUAGAGGUUAGAGUUUAGGGUAGGGCCAUCCCAAGGAUCCCGGAUAGCGCAUAAUCCCUUCUACUCCCUGCAGGAAUGUAAUCUGUAUAUUUCAUUGUUAAUAGUUGGUCCUUUUUUAAGAAUGAGAUUUUAUCAGUGUUGCUUUAUGAAAAAAGGGUACACCUUGUCAAUAUUUCUAUUAUUUGUAUUACCCAUUGUAAGUGUAAUUAUGUUAGACUUUUACAAUUUCUAGUUGAGAAUAAUGACAAAUGAUGCCGGUAAAUGAAAUGUGUGUUGCACAAGUCCUCACAAUUUGUGUAAAAAACUAGAUGGGGAAGCUAUAAAUGAGUUUUGUGUGGACCAGAAAGUCUAAAUGUACAAAAAAUGAUUAUGAUCCUAUUUAUUUUUAAGAUAAUUAGUUACUGCAAUGUAUUUUUAUCAAAAAGCUUUUCAGUGCAUUUUGGAAACAUCUUGGGACAGUACAGAUUUUCAUUUUCAUUUGUUUUUAAAUGUGUUUUCGUUUAUUUUGUCGCUGCUCUCAUCCUGAGGUAGCUAAACCGCAUUUAGAAUAUAUUCCUAAAGAAUUACAUUUUGAGAGCUUUUGAUGCAUGUGAUAUUUUACCUAAUAAAGACUAUUGGUUUUUUAUUUAAA